GCAUCACUGCUACUGGAGAGACAGGUCAGAAUGCUGCUCAACUCUCCAAUCAGGCUGCUUGUGGCACUCGCGCUCACAGCGACACUGGUGGUAUCACAGGAUGAAGAACAUAGAUGCCCAGAGAACCAGCAGUGGUACCCAAGCAAGCCCUGUUUGCAGCUCUGUGGGGUCAAAGCCAAUUGCAUAGCUAUGCCUGGACCCGGCUGUGCGUGCAAACCCGGUUAUACCAAGCAGACUCUCGACUCUCCGUGUAUCCCAGAAAAAGAUUGUAUCAUCUGCGAAGGGCUGAAAGCCUAUGACCCCUGCAAAGGUCACUGCCCCCCCAGCUGUGUGCCCAAAGGGUGCCCUAAAAUAUGUUCCCCGGGGUGUAUAUGCAAACCAGGAUACUUAUUGCAUGAUGAAAAGUGCAUCCCUGAGUCAGAGUGCCCUCAACAGUAACAUGAAAACUGGAAAAGUAGUAAAUGUUACCCCAAUAAUUAGUACUUGGGCGGGACUGUGCCAAAUGGAUCCUACGGUUGGGCGGGUUGGCACGUUACAAUAAAAUAAAUUUAUC